UUCAGUCAGUCAGACGGUGCCAUGUACUCAACGGGACUUUUAUGGUGGCUAAUGGCACUCGUGGCAUAUGCCGAAGCCACGCCCACUCCCGGCGAUGGGCGGAUUGUGGGCGGCGAGGUGACCACCAUUCAAGAAUUUCCCUAUCAAGUAUCCGUCCAGUUGCACGGCCGGCACAUAUGCGGUGGAGCCAUCAUUGGCACCGACACCGUGCUGACAGCGGCCCAUUGCUUCGAGGAUCCCUGGAGCAGUGCAGAUUACACAGUGCGAGUGGGAUCCAGCAAGCAUGAGAGUGGGGGCCAAGUGCUCAGCCUGCGGCGAGUCAUCGCCCACGGCGACUAUAAUCCCCAGAGCCACGAAAACGACCUGGCGUUGCUCAUCUUGAAUGGCCGGCUCAAUUUCACCGAGCACCUGCAGCCAGUGCCACUGGCCGCAUUAGCGGACCCGCCCACCGCGGACACCCGACUCCUGGUCAGCGGUUGGGGUUUCCAGGCCGAGGAAAGUGCAGUCAGCGGUGAGGUUGGAGUAUCUCCGCAACUCCGUUUCGUGGACGUGGAUCUGGUGGAAUCGAAUCAGUGCCGGCGUGCCUAUAGCCAGGUGUUGCCCAUAACCCGGCGGAUGAUCUGUGCCGCGCGUCCAGGUCGGGAUAGUUGCCAGGGCGACUCCGGCGGACCACUGGUGGGUUACCCAGCAGAGGAAGGACCGGCCAGGCUUUACGGCAUCGUUUCCUGGGGCCUGGGCUGCGCAAAUCCCAACUUUCCAGGAGUGUACACCAACGUCGCUGCCUUCCGCAGCUGGAUAGAUGAGCAGGUGGUCACCAGUAGAUGGAAUGAACUGUUGGCGGGCUGGAGUGGAGUGCAAUAAAGUACAGGAAAAUGUAUAGCAUAGA